CACCUCGCAGGUAGCGCUUAAAUCCAUGACAAGGGGCGGGAUACUACGGCCGGACUUGGACGGAAGUGGGUUGUCCGGUUUUCGGAAGCUGGAUGGGGCGAGGCGGCCGUUACAUUCGCUUUUUGCCAUUGUUGAUUGUCGCAGUUGUCGAGUCUGGUUUAAAUGCCGAAAUAGCUGCCAACUCCAGAACCCAUUUUGUUGAUCAGGAACUCAUCAAUUGGACUCGCAACAACACAUACUCUUCAUUCUUACACCCAAUCUCUCUCAUCUCCCUCACCGCCAAACAUGUCUCUCACAUUCCGCAAAGCCACUCCGGAUGACACCGACGCCGUCUUCGCGCUCGUCGAGUCGGCCUACCGCGGCGACACAAGCCGCAAGGGCUGGACGACGGAAGCCGACAUCUUCUCGGGCGACCGCAUCAACGCCGCCGGCGUGCUGGCCAAAAUCACCGAGCCCCGCGGCGCCGUGCUGCUGGGCUACGACCCGGCCGGCGCCCUCGUCACCUGCGUCGAGGUGCUCCGGCGCGACGACAAGGUCGGCUACUUUGGCAUGUUCGCCGUCGACCCGCUGCGGCAGGGCGGCGGCGUCGGGCGCCAGACGCUCGAGCGUGUCGAGGAGUAUGUGCGCGGGGAGUGGGAUGCGCGACGCCUGGAGUUGAACGUGAUUUGGAUCCGCAACGAGUUGAUUGCGUGGUAUGAGCGGCGCGGAUACCGGAAGACGGAGCAGACGAAGCCGUUUCCUUACGCCGAGAUUGUCAGCGGGAAGGUGUUGAGAGAUGACCUCUACUUUGUUGUUCUCGACAAGGAGCUAUGAGCGAGGGAUGGGUGAAUUUACAUAUGGCGUCUCGGAGGCAAAUAAAUAGAUAGCGAUGGGGAGUUAUGCAUGGGCAAAGUUUUGAGAGAAAGAAACCAGAUUGCAGAGUUGCAGUAACUUUUACGCGACCGAGGCCAAACUAC